CCGUGCACAGUCGGGAAGAGGCAGGAGCUGGCCUGCCGGGUGGUCAGCUCCUCACCGUGGCCCUCCUCUCCCGCAGGGGCUAUCUGAUCGCCGCCCCCUCUGUCUUUCGCGCGGGAGUGGAAGAAGUCAUCAGUGUGACCGUCUUUAACGCCCCACGUGAAGUCACAGUCCAGGCCCAGUUGGUGACUCAGGGCCAGGUGGCGGUGGAAAGCCAGGGAGCUGUCCUGGAUAAGGGGACGAUCAAACUCAAGGUGCCCACAGGUCUCCACGGUCAGGCGCUCUUGAAGGUGUGGGGCUGCAGCUGGCACCCAGAUGAGGGUCCCCUCUUCCACAACCAGACCUCGGUGACCGUGGACAGCCGGGGUGCCUCCGUGUUCAUCCAGAUGGACAAGCCAGUCUACAGGCCCCAGCAGCGAGUACUCAUCAGCAUCUUCACCGUCUCCCCAGACCUGAGGCCUGUGGACCAGCAGCUGGACGCCUACAUCCUGGACCCCCGGGGCUCCCGGAUGAUGGAGUGGAGACACUUGAAGCCGUUCUGCUGCGGUGUCACCAACAUGAGCUUCCCCCUGUCCGACCAGCCCGUGCUGGGAGAGUGGUUCAUGUUUGUGGAAAUGCAGGGCCACGUGUACAACAAGUCCUUUGAGGUUCAGAAGUAUGUGGUACCCAAGUUCGAACUUCUGAUCCGCCCACCCCGGUACAUCCGAGACCUGGACGCCUGUGAGACCGGCUCUGUGUGGGCCAGGUAUACCUUCGGGAAGCCCGUGUCGGGGACCUUAGCAAUCAACAUGACCGUGAACGGCGUGGGUUACUACAGCCAUGAGGUGGGGCGCCCGGUCUUCAGGUCCACCAAGAUCCUCGGCUCCCAGGACUUCGCCAUCUGUGUGAGGGACAUGAUGCCGGCAGGUGUCCCCGAGCACUUCCGGGGCAGGGUCAGCAUCUGGGCCACGGUGGCCAGUGUGGACGGGAGCCAGCAGGUGGCAUUCGAUGACUCCACCCCUGUGCAGAGGCAGCUGGUAGACAUCCGCUACUCCAGGGACACGAGGAGGCAGUUCAAGCCGGGCCUGGCCUACGUGGGGACGGUGGAGCUGUGCUACCCAGACGGCAGCCCAGCUGAGGGGGUGACAGUCCAGGUCAAGGCUGAGCUGACCCCAAAGGACAACAUCUACACCAGCGAAUCCGUGUCCCGGGGUGGACUGGUGGGGUUCGAGAUCCCGUCCAUUCCCACGUCAGCCCAGCACGUGUGGCUGGAGACCAAGGUGACAGCCCUGAAUGGGAGGCCUGCGGGGACACAGUACCUGCCCAGUUACCUGCCCCUCGGCAGCUGGUACUCCCCUAGUCAGUGCUACCUGCAGCUGCAGCCACCUGCCCGCUCCCUGCAG